CGGCUGACGUCCAAGGGCAACGCGGAGAGGCGGCUGCUCGAGGCCUCCCGGAGCGGCGAGGUGGAGGUGGUGCGGGCGAUUCUAGGGAAGCACGCCCACCUGGUCAACUGUCGCGACGUGGACGGGCGACAGUCGACGCCGCUGCACUUUGCUGCCGGCUACAACCGCCUGGAGGUGGUGCAGUGUCUCCUGGAACGAGGGGCGGAUGUGCACGCUAAGGACAAGGGCGGACUGGUUCCGCUGCACAACGCCUGCAGCUACGGACACUACGAGGUGGCGGAGCUGCUGGUGCGUCGCGGUGCGAACGUCAACGCCACCGACUUGUGGAAAUUCACGGCUCUACACGAAGCGGCCAGCAAGGGCAAGGUGGACAUUGUGCGGCUGCUGCUGCGGCAUGGCGCCGAUCCGGCCAAGAAGAACCGGGACGGCGAGACGCCGCUUGAUGUUGUCUGCCAGAGUGAGAUCACCGACCUGCUGCUGGGCAAUGCGGCCAUCCUCGAGGCGGCGAAGAGGGGCGAGCUCGCUCGGCUCGUCCGCCUGCUCACCCCCGACAAUGUCAACUGCCGGGACGCCCAGGGGCGGAACAGUACGCCGCUGCACCUGGCCGCCGGCUACAACAACUUUGAGGUGGCGCAGUACCUCCUCGAAGGAUUGCCAACAGCAAAUGGAAAGAUUGGCGGGAAGGCCGACGUGAACGCCCCCGACAAGGGCGGCCUCAUUCCGCUGCACAACGCCGCCUCCUACGGCCACCUGGACAUUGCCGCGCUGCUCAUCAAGCACGACACCAACGUCAACGCCACCGACCGCUGGGGCUUCACGCCGCUCCACGAGGCCGCUCAGAAGGGACGGACGCAGCUGUGCGCCCUCCUCCUCGCCCACGGCGCCGAUCCGACGCUGAAGAACCACGAGGGACAGACGGCGCUGGACCUGGCCAGCGCCGAGGACGUCCAGUGUCUGCUGCUCGACGCCCAGGUGGAGCCGCCGCUGUACUCCAGCUCGCCCAUCACCGCCGUCCUUCCACCUCCACCACCUCCACCACCUCCUUCGAUUAUCAACUCCUCAACUCCAGGAGCAGCUUCCCUGCUGGUCAACUCCUCCUCCGCCUCGAGCUCCAUGUCCUCGUCGACCACCUCUUCGGGUGUCUCCAGUGCCUCCCUCCAUCACCUGCCCAGUCUGCCCUCCUCCUCCUCUAGUCAGUCAACGAUGAGCAGUGAUUUGAGUAUGAUCUCAGCCUCAGAAGCAUUAGCUGCCACUCCUCAAGAUCUGUCGGCGAUUGAAUCUCAGCAGAACAGCAGCAGCAGCAGCUCAACGGCAGCGCUGGCCACGGCGGCCGUCACCGCCGACCAGCGGCUGCAGCACCUCCUCCUCCUCAUGAUGAACUCGGUGGGCAUUGCAGAGGGAGGUGGUGAAAGAGGUGGUGGUGGUGUGUCUUCAGGGACAGCAACAACAUCAGCUGCUGCUGGAGCAGUCGUAUCACCGCCUCCUGAGGUGCCCUCCUCGCUGGCACUGCUGCUCGCCCAGCGCAAUGCCGACAACGUCAACGGGGACAUCUCCUCGGUGGAUGGCGGGGAGCAGAGCAGUGGCGAUGGGCAGUCGAAUCAGCUGACUCCGGUCACGCAGACGCUGUCACCGAUGACCACCACCACAAUGUCCACCACGACCACUUCAUCCUCAUCCUCGUCCUCAGGAGUUCUCUCCCUAGCUUCGAGCAGCAAACCUUCCACUUCUUCAUCCUCGAGCACUUUAGGCUCUCACUCGAUCACCCACUACCUGCCGGUGUCCACCUGUCUGCCCUCCUCCAUCACCGUCUCCGGCUUCCUCUCCUCCCUGGGCCUGGACUUUCUCCUGGAGACGCUCUCCCGAGAGCACAUCUCCAUGGACAUUCUCGCGGAGAUGGGCCACGAGGAGCUGAAGCAGAUUGGCGUGGCCGCCUACGGACACCGCCACAAGAUACUCAAGGGCCUUCAGCCCUUCCUGAACAGUCCUGGUGGUGGCGGAGCCCCUCCUCUCUCCACCUCGACCACCUACAUGAUCCAGCUGGCGCCGGAGGACCGUGAGUACCGCGCCGUGGAGGACGAGAUGCAGAUGACCAUUCGGCAGCACAAGGACGGCGGCACGUCGGGCGGCGCCUUCAGCCGCUACCGCAUCAUUCGCAUUCAGAAGCUGAUUAACCUCAAACUGUGGCAGCGGUACCUGCACCGGCGCGCCGAGGUCUGCGAGGAGAACCACGGCUUCGCCAACGAGCGGAUGCUCUUCCACGGCUCGCCCUUCAUCAACGCCAUCGUCCAGAAGGGCUUCGACGAGCGGCACGCCUACAUCGGCGGCAUGUUCGGCGCCGGCAUCUACUUUGCCGAGAACAGCUCAAAGUCCAACCAGUACGCCUAUGGCUAUUGUGGAGGUAAUGGGUGUCCCCUGCACAAGGACCGCUCCUGCUAC